AAAUUUAAUUUCCAAAUAUGGAAAAGACUAGCAUUUGUGUUAUUGGUUCUGGAAAUUGGGCCACUGCCAUCGCAAAAAUAGUGGCUGAAAAUGCCUCAAUUUUGGCGGAUGUUGAAGAUCGUGUCAAUAUGUUUGUGUACGAGGAAAAAUUCGAGGGAAAACGUUUAAGUGAGUUGAUUAAUACGCUGCAUGUAAAUGAGAAAUACGCACCACAGCUAAAGCUGCCAGAGAAUGUGGUUGCUGUCACCGAUUUGGUAGAGACUGCUAAAUAUGCUGAUAUUAUUAUAUUUGUCAUGCCUCAUCCACUUAUACCGGAUUUUUGUCGAACUCUUUUGGGUAAAAUUAAACCCGAUGCUCUGGCCAUAUCGGUGACAAAGGGAUUUACACCGGCUGAGGGGGCAGGAUUUCAGUUGGUUUCACAUACGAUUACAAAAUACUUAAAGGUUCCUUGUGCCGUUUUAAUGGGUGCUAAUUUGGCCACUGAAUUGACUUUGGACAACUAUUGUGAGGCUACCUUGGGCUGUCGUGAUGCCAAACAUGCCAAAUUGUUUAAAGACAUAUUGCAGUCGCAAAAUUUUCGUGUGACCGUGGUUGAUGAUGCCGAUUGUGUUGAAGUUUGUGGAUUUCUUAAGCAUCUUUUGUCGUUUGGUGCUGGUUUAUUGGAUGGUUUCGAUUGCAAUGUUAAUACCAAAUCAGCCUGCAUACGUUUUGGUUUCUUGGAGAUGAUUCGUUUUAUUGAUGUGUUUUAUCCAGGCAGCAAAUUGUCUACAUUUUUCGAAAGCUGCGGUUUGGCCGAUCUAAUCACUGUUUGUAGUGCUAGUCGUAAUCGUCGUAUAGCAGCAGCUUUCGUUAAGACCGAACGUCGGUAUGAAGAACUUGAGUUACAGCUGUUGGGUGGUGAGAAGCUUAUAGGUCCGGUUGCUGCUAGUGCAGUGUCUGUGAUGUUGAAGCAAAAGGGUUUGGAAGAUAAAUUUCCUCUAUUUACCACAAUUCAUAAAAUAUGUCAAUAUACCGUAAAGCCUGAAGAAAUAUUAAAUUGCAUACGUAAAAUACCGGAUAUUAUCUAUCAUCCUACACAUGUGUUUCCUUUAUAAAAUUUGUGUAAACAUUUCAAAUUGGUUCUUAUUACUUUUGCAAUUCAUUUUACAAUAAAUUGUAUUUUAUUUUUUUAUUGUAUAAUACAUAAUUAAACACUCAAACAAACAUGUUGAUAGAGAAACGAAAUUAUUUAUGUGCAAUAAAAAUGUUAUUUUGA